ACUUUAAAUUGUACCCUGAAGCAGGUGGAGGGCCAGUAUGGAUCUUGCAUUACCUGGGUGAUACCAUCCCUAUAUCCCACAUCUGGCUGCCACAUUUUAGACCAGCUGGAGUUUCUGCACUGUUUUCAAAGGCAGCCGUAUGCAGACUUUGCUUCUCUUCCACCUGUGUCCCUGUGGAUCGAUGGCUCCCCCACUCACAGUGAGAGCCGAGACUGUCACUUCCCUCAGAUUCUCUACCCCAGUUAUGGGGAGUUUAGGAUCCAUCGCCCCCGUCAUCAUCAUGAUCCUUCUGCUGCUUCUCUGCUCCCCCUUCAGAAGGAAAAAAAGGCAAUUAUCAACCAGAACUUUCAAGAAGGACUCAGCUUCAUCAGAACUCCUCAGUAUAACUAAAUUAGAGGAUGGGCAGAGUCUGCAAGAGAUACCUCUUGAAGAUGGAUCAUUGCACAAAGGUCAUUCUUUGUCCAGUAACUCAGGUGAGAGCCAAACAAAUGGUUGCAUCGCAUACUCUCUGCCAGAAAACUCUCCAAAACAUCCAGGCAUGACAAACCCAAAUCACCAAAAGAGAGGGAACCCCGAAAUGACAGAUCUAGAACAUCCGAUAAGUUUGGGUCUGCAAGCAUUAUGUUUGAAUGCAACCGUCCCAGGCUCCUUGCAGUUCAGGAAGCUCCCCAUGAUUCCACGGGAGGAAGAAGACAUAUCCAGAACAGAGCCUCUGAAUCCAUGCAUGGAUGGCCAAGUUUAUGAAAGCAUCACAGAUGAAGAAAGGAAAUUGUUUUCUGAGGACUGGUCAAAAGGGCAGGAAAGCUCUGGCUUGCUAUCCAAGAGCUCAAGCUGUGCUACAGUGGGGUUAGCAGAAUCUGGCGGGAAAGAGAGCAGAACUGCAGAGGUAAAGGGCAUGCAUUCACAGUCUGGUGAUGCAUCAGUACUAUUGACAGUGACCCUCGAGAACAAUGAGUCACAUCUGCAGCUGCAGGAAUUGACAUGUGAACGAGAUGCUCCUACUGAAUCUGACUCUGAAAUAGAAAAGAAGCUACGGGCAAUGUAUGCUCGAGUGUGCAAAAAACCCAAGACAGAGCAGCAGUGUCAGCCGGCAAACCAUGACAAGCCUACAGAAGAAGGAGAGGAAGAACCGCCACCCAUCCCGGAAAAACAUUUUGAUGAUCUCUAUGAAAGCAUUGAACUGGAGAUGCAGGGAAGUGAAACGCCAAGCAUCAUAACCCCACCAGAUGCAUGAACCAAGGCACGGGGAAACUGACAAAGUUCAACCCUAGGUCAAGGCUUUUUCUAGGCCUUGCAGGGGGGCACAGAGCCUUAUUUGGUGCAAAAAAAAAGCAUCCCAGGAGCCAGACUCUUUUCUGUUGCUGGUCCCUGAGGGGCUCCGGUGACCAUUCUAGAAAGGCGGUGGUGCAUCGGAUCCUGGCAGCUCUGCAAAAUGAUGCAACAUAGUGACUCUUCUGUGUUUACAGAAGUACCCCCUUCUUCUGCCAGAAUCAAAUACACACCUAGCAUGUGAUAAUUGCUUUGAGAUGGGGCAAUGUUGUGCAUUCUGCUCGUCUUGAGGGGAUAAGGCUAUUCCUGGCUGCAGGCGGGAGCCAGCUCGGCAGCAAUUCCUUGAGAGAGCAGCACAUCUGAAGCAAAUUAGGGAAAACAAGAAGAAAUAUGACUUUCUGACAUGCUCAGAUCACUGGAGUACACUGUCUCCCUGCACCUGUAACUUCAUUGUUCUCUAAAAGUUGUGACUUAUUAAUGGGAGACAUUCAUAUCUGCCAGAUUUUCCUUGUCCCCUCUCUGUCUUUCCUGCAGUGGAUUUGGAACAAAUUACCUUUGUGGGAUCCACUUUUGAACUUGAUUCAGAUAGAUCAUUGCAGAAUGCUUUGUAAAUUUAGAAGUGUUGAAGUCUGGGGAUAUUAUUGAAGUAUUCAGGAGAGUAAAAUGUAAAGCAGACUGAAUUCCAGAAGGUUUCUCUCCCUUCGCCUGAGUGCCUACAUUAGAGAAUGGCCAAUAAGAUUCAUGCACAUUUGGGGAAAAUAAUUCUAGGUAUGAUCUUCAGGAGGUAGAAAGCACUGAAGACAUCAACUUCUUAUCUUGCCAUAAAAAUAGCAAAUAAAGUGAUAGGAAGAAGUACUGAAAACAGUAACUUUCAGUACAUUUUCAGGUUGUAUGUGUGUGUAUGCAAUUCUGCUUGGUCCACCACUUGAGGGGGCAAAGAUAAAACUGGAGAAAGUGGAAAACGAAGAAUCAUUGGCCACUAAAGUGAUCCAAAGAAUGAAGUGCCUUUCUUUUCAAGAGGGGAGGCAUGGGAAAGAGUCAGGAUCCAUGAGCUUUGUCCAGUGGGAGUUCUCUUCAAGCUUAUAUUUCCAUGCUCUCAAACUUUGCCUCACAGUCACAAGGUCUGCACAUUUUCCAUUUAAAAGAAACUGAUUAUCAGCAAUGUUAUUGGUAUGUAUUUGCCCAAUAUAUAUAUAUUCUUAAUCAUGAGGCUUUGUAUGAAGUGAACACAGAUAUAGAGUUGGUGCAGCAAUAUUUGGUACAGUGCUGGAGAUCGGAACUCUAGUCUCAUUUGAACCACAUUCUUAACCUCUGUUCCCAUCUGUAAAAUGGGCAGUCUGGAAACCUGCCUUGCAGCACUGUUCUGGACACACAUGGCUUUGUUUUUGCAUCUCUGCCAUUUGUUUUCAGUGACCCAGGCUCAGGAGAACUUCCUGGUGGAUUUUGCCAAUGGUGAGAAAAUAGAUGUUACAAGAGGGCCCGAGCUUGUAGAUCUCAGUAAACUACACACACAAUCAUCCUUUCUGCAUCACGAUGAUCCUUCCUUGGUGUUGUGUCCACUAUCAGCCAUAAGCAGAAUUAUAUUGGUCUUUCUGGAGAUGGCAUUCUUAAAGCUGCCUCAUCUUAGCAUACUGAGAUAAGAUGUGUAUGAAACUCUUAACAUUUUGGGGUUCAAUGUUAUCCUUUUUCAUAAUAAAAAAAUCAGUUUCAA